UCCAAUUGAAGUUGAAAGCGACGCACAAUGCUUUAACUUAUUAUAUCUCUAUAUUUCCCUCUUUCGCUUUCUCAACCAUUUCAUUCAGUCCAACUCUGUUCUUCUCCGGCAACAUGCCCCGCCCUCCGCCGCCGUUGAUUCCCCUUCUACUCCUCCUCCUCCUCUUCGCCGCCGCCGCCUCUGCCGCCUCUGCCGCUGCCUUGAAGUUCAAAGAAGCUCCCGAGUUCUACAACUCACCCACCUGCAUCUCCAUUCAUUCUCUCCACGAUGACGUCCUCUGUUCCGAUCAGGCCGUCCACGUCGCCAUGACUCUCGACGCCGCCUAUCUCCGGGGAUCAAUGGCGGCGAUUCUUUCCGUUCUUCAACACUCCUCUUGUCCACAGAACAUCGUCUUCCAUUUCGUUUCCUCUGCCUCCACCGACAUCAAAGCCCUACGAUUCACUAUAGCUAAUUCCUUCCCUUACCUGAGAUUCCAAAUUUACCCAUUCGACGCCGCCGCCGUUUCCGGCUUAAUUUCCACUUCCAUCCGCUCCGCUCUUGAUUCCCCUUUGAAUUACGCUCGCAAUUACUUGGCGUCGUUAAUCCCCCACUGCGUCAAACGAGUCGUUUAUUUGGACUCUGAUUUGAUUCUCGUCGACGACAUUGCCAAACUCGCUGCUACCCCACUUGGGGAAACCGCCGUCCUCGCCGCGCCGGAGUAUUGCAACGCUAAUUUGACCACCUAUUUCACACCCACCUUCUGGGCCAAUCCCUCACUGUCCCUAACCUUCGCCGGACGAAAUGCCUGUUACUUCAACACUGGGGUUAUGGUCAUAGAUCUCCAACGGUGGCGCUCCGGCGACUACACCACCAAGAUCGUAGAAUGGAUGGAGCUCCAGAAGCGAAUGCGGAUCUACGAGCUCGGCUCUCUCCCCCCGUUUCUCCUCGUUUUUGCUGGGUUUAUAGCUCCAGUCGACCACCGGUGGAACCAACACGGCCUCGGCGGCGAUAAUUUCCGGGGACUAUGCCGGAAUUUACACCCCGGACCUGUGAGUCUCCUGCAUUGGAGCGGAAAAGGGAAACCGUGGGUUCGUCUGGAUUCGAACAGGGCUUGUCCACUAGACGCUCUUUGGGCUCCGUAUGAUCUUUUACAGACACCCUUUGCUCUGGAAUCUUAGUAUUAAAUUACAUUACAUUACAUUACUUCUUUGUUCAUAUGGUUUUAGGAAUAGAUUAGAGGAGAUUUAAGUAUCGGUGUCCCUCAAUCUUGUCCAUAAACAGAGAUUUUCCCAUAUUUUGUUGUUCCUUAUUAAUACAGACAGAGCUUCUUCAGUAUUACACUUAAUUGCACUUACUUGGGGAAGAAGAAGAAGAUGAUCAUGAUGACCAAGACGAUGAUCGUAAAUUUGAAAGACGAUCAUUGAUUAUGUUUGUAUUUAUACUCUUUCGAUGUAAAGUUGUUCUAAUGAUUUAAUGUUCGUGUUAAAUCAAAGAAGAUAUGAGAUCCAACUUUGAGUCGUUCCAA